UAUGAAAUCACCAGCACGUGGGUGGCAACAGUGGAGCAUAAUCACCAAACUUUCAAAAAACAGAUUGAAGAACGUCGGUUACAAGCAAAAGUUUACCGUCACUUCAGAAAUCUAAAGACGAGAGAUUUGUGAUUUAUAGGCAUUAUUGGAUUGAGGAUUGCCUGCAAAAAAUGCCAAGAACGAAACGUUUACCAAAACAAAAAACAUCUGAUAAUUUUAAGCCAAGUAAAUCGAAUUUGGACCAUGCUGUGGUUAGUAAUUAUUUGAAAGCGCUGGAUAGAAAAAUGGCUGUCAAAGAUAUGCAAAUUGAAGCAAAAGUCACUCAACUAUUACUGACUGUCGAGAAUGUAUGCCAGGAAAGUUUCCUCAAAUUUUCUCAAUAUGGCAACUUGAGAUUUGAGGAACUGGAAAACACUAAAUCAAAGGAAAGUACAACUCUGUACGAAAAAAGCGUAAGGGCGUUCAAUGCUAGCAAAGCAAGAGGGAGGCCUCGUUCCUCUUCAACUACAACCAGGGCUAAUCCCCCCAGUACUGUUAAGAGAAUUCGACCCAGCAGAUCACUAUCGCGAACCAACACAUCUGUACGGGCAAAUAAUUUAGUGACACCAAUGAACAAAAAAAUAGAAUCAUACGGAAUGAUCACUCCUAAGGUGAAACCUAAUACACCGCAAGUAGUUUUACGUAGACCUAAACAAGGUGAAAUCGCACUCUCUAUGCAAGGAAGUCCUCUUAUGGUUGACCAUAUUGUAAGCCAUGCAAAACCGAGCGUGAAUAUACCGCUGCUUGAUGGAAGGGUAUGUGCCAUUCAACCAGAAAGGGGAAUUCGCGCAUCACAGAUACCAGACUUGGAUCCUGAGAUACGUAGGCAAAUUGAAACUCUCAGAGAUAAUCUUUCUAAGGUUUUACAAAGCCAAUAAUUGUUUUUAUAUUUGGUUAUAUUGUAAUGUUAUUUGUCUUAAAAUUGAUGGGAAUGCAAAUUGAAUAUAUUGAGUGAUAUGAUUAA